CCAAUUCGGUGCCAGUGUUUUUAGCAGUGUUUGGGCCGGUUUUGGGGUGUUUUUUUGGGGCUCGAUGAAAACACCGCAAAACACCUCAAAACGCGCCUGGGCUGUUCGGGAGGCCGGUUUCGGCCCGUUUAGGCCCGACGAAACCGGCCGAAACCCGUCGGGCUGGGGUGGAAGGAAAACGCGAGCACCCCCUCGCGUUUUUGCGUGGCGGCGAGAGGGCGACGUGGGCGCGAGGGAGGAAGACGACGCCGGUCGCCGCUCCAAGACCACGCCGCCGCCGAAGCUCCCUCCACGCUCCAAGACCACGCCGUCGACGCUUCCCCCUCUCAGGAAAAAGGGUCCUGCCGCCGCCGACCUGGACCUCCUGCCGCCGCCCCCUCCUCUCCGUUGAAGCUGGAGUCAUUCGGUCUCUAUUCACGGAUUCUUGCGGGAAUUGACGAGCCGCCGCCCUCCUGGGACCCUGUGAGCACGCCGGACUUCGAUAUGAUUCCUAAGAAAGCAUCUCAGGUGGUGUAUGCCACAGGCUCUCCUAAGCAUAAUGUGCAGAAGGCCUUCUCAGGUGGGAAAAGAAAUAAGAAAAGGGCAUCUCCAAAUUGCUCAAAGAAGACUUCACCUAAAUUUAAGAAAAAAGCUUCUCCAAAAGCUGGGAAACCUAGAGCCUCAUGGAACAUAGGAAUGGAGAAGUCUCUAGUGGAUAUUCUUCUUGAGCAUAACAAUACAUUCCAUAGAGGACAAAAUGGGUGGAGUAGUGAAACGUGGAAUGUAAUGGUGAAGCUUUUCCUAUCUCGACACCCAUAUCUCAGAAUGGAGAAGUCUCAAAUACAAGAUAAGGAGAAAGAUUUAAAGAGAGACUACAGGAUGCUAAAAGAAGCAAGAAUGCAAAGUGGGGUUGGGUGGGAUGAAAGCCAAUUCAAGCUACAGGCUGAGCCCCAUCUUUGGGAAAAUCUGGAAAUUUCAUUUGGUACAAGAAUCAAGAGAUUCAAAACAAAAGCUUUUCCUCUCUAUGAUUCACUUGGACAACUUUAUGAAGGGAGCAUAGCUGAAGGCAAUUUUAACUUCACUUCAACCUCAACUACAUCAAGGGAGGAUCUGACACAAGUAAUAAGUGAUGACGAUGAACCUGAAGGAGAUACCGAGGCUGAUAUACCUGAGAGAGAAAGUGAAGAUGAACACGAAGUUAUGGAUCCAGCUCCAAGUGCUCAGAGUAUGACUCAGGUGGAACACCAAGUGAAAGGAAAAAGGGUUGCUGCUGCAAGGAACAAGCUUCCAAAGAUACCAAAGAGGAGUCCUAAGAAGAGGAAUUCCGAUGGAAUUGUGCAAGUGAUGGAGAGGAUGGUGCAAGUGCGUGAAAAGGAAGUCAAUCAAGAACAACCUCUACAGAAGUUCUCUAUUACCAGAUGCAUGGAUGCACUCAAGACAUUGGAUGGUAUGACAGGUUCUAUUAAAAUCCCUGCAUUGGAUGUCUUCAGGAUUGCCGACAAUCGUGAAAUAUUUCUCAACCUUGUUGAUGAUAAAGAUGAUAAAGAUGGCACCGCCAUGACGUGGCUCCUUGGGCAGAUAGCCAAGUUACCAUGAGGAAACAAGUUGCUUGGACUGAUUUGGCAGGAAACAAGUUGCUUGGACUGAUUUUCUUGUAAUAUUAAAGGGAACAAGCAUGUUUUUAAGAGGACUCUCCCGGGCUGAGUUGGUGCCUUAUUCAACAUCUUGUAGUUUCAGUACUUUGCUCAGAACCAUGUGCCUAUCCACUUCGAAUUUCUCUAUUUGUGUCAUGUCUCCCAAAAAUGGACUAUGAAAUCUGAGGCUAUGAGCUAACUGUUGCUGUAAUGCAUAUUUAUGUAAAUGGUUGAACAGAUGCUACCACUUCGAAUUUCUCUAUUUGUUUCAUGGUUUAUGUGCCUAUCCACUUCGAAUUUCUCUAUUUA